UCACAAGCCAGUCAGUGGAAGACAAUUUAGAAGGUAGCAAGAGUCACGUUCUCCUAAAUUAGUGUCGAUCAAGACGUGUGGCAUGAUGACUGACGUGACGAACUAGCACAACAACUAUUAACAGUGAUAAGUUUGGAUGACAUCGUCGGAUGAACUUUUAUAGAGAGCCUAGCUUCUGUAACUCAAUUAACGAGGCCAACAUUUUGCGCUUUUGGACCUGGCGAGAGGUCAGAAUCACUCAUCUAGUGGAAUUCGUGACUUACUUUCAUCGCUAGUUUAGUAAAUUGUCACUGAGCCUAAACUUGUCCGAGCCCGUUUUUCGGAAAGAAUUGUUCGAAAUUGUAAACGCGCCAAGCCAUACGCGAAUCUCUCUGGAACGACUUAGUUUACAUUUGGUUGACAGUUGUCUCGAAUGAGAGUCAAGCAUCCAUCGCUACUCAAAUAGUUAGCCCGAGCAGCUAAAAGCUAGUCUCUACCUGAACCACAUCAGCUGACAUUUUUGGAACAGCACCAGGGGGAGAAAGCAAGUCUGUCUUGCUUUGUCUUGUCUUGGCACAUUUUAAGUUUCUUACAACCAGUUGAUACUCGAUCGGAGAGACAAAUACUCGCCUUAAAAUAACCGCUGGCAGAACAGUUUGAGAAAGCUGCUGUGUGAACGAAGAGGUUUGUGUACAGCCACGGGAUCCCCCAUCGGAUUGUUUUAAUACCUGUUAUUAUUAUUGAACAUGACGGCUAUCGGAAUGGUGCAGAUGUUGAUCGAAGCUGCCGAGUAUCUUGAUCGCAGGGAACGAGAAGCUGAGCAUGGCUAUGCCUCCAUGCCACCCUUCAUCAGCAGUCGAGAGAGGGAAAAUUUGAAAAAGAAGAGCAAAAGCAAGAAAAACAUCAGUAGCAGGUCUACACACAAUGAAAUGGAGAAGAACAGACGGGCACAUCUACGUCUGUGUUUAGAGCGACUGAAAUCUCUGGUUCCUUUGGGUCCAGAUGCCAACAGGCACACGACACUGAGCCUGCUGAUGAAGGCCAAAGAUCACAUCAAGAAGUUGGAGGAGAGUGACAGAAGAGCCCAACACACCUUAGAACAGUUACAGAGAGAGCAGAGACAUCUGAGAAGGCGUCUGGAGCAGCUCGGUGUGGAGAGAGUCCGCAUGGACAGCACCGGCUCCACCGUGUCCUCUGAUAAAUCCGACUCUGACCAAGAGGACCUGGAUGUGGACGUGGAGGGAACAGACUACCUGCUGGGUGAUCUGGAGUGGAGCACCAGCAGCGUGAGUGACUCAGGGGACGAGCGGGGCAGCUUGCGCAGCAGCUGCAGCGAUGAGGGCUACGCCAGUGCCAGCCUGCGGCGCCUGCAGGACACUCAGGAGAGGGCCAAGCAGCCGGCCUGCGGCACUAUAAACCUCACUGGUCACUAGUCCAUCUCCCGUCUCCUCGAUUCCCGUUCCAAGAAUGUUUUGCCACGACCCGGUUGUAUACCCACCUCAAGACCCUCACCCUCUCUCCCACCUUACCAGGACUAACCCAAUUCUGAGGCUCAUCAAGCCAGGCCUCUGCAGAUUCUGUGCCCCAUAUCAACUUCCCACCAUGACUGAGCGCCUUGAAGAACCCCACCCACAGCCAGCCCGUCAUUAUCUGACGGUCGUUAGAUGUGACCGACUCUACACCAAUCAAACGAGUCGGGUCCUCCCCUACUUCUCCCUCCGUCCAUCACAAAUGCAACUUUCAGCCUGAGAAUGUUACUUUACAUUAUCCCACUGCCUCUUUUUUUAAUGUAUCAAGGGGUACGGGAAGCACUUUUGAGAUUUCACCACAGACAGACAUACUCCAUCAUUGCUUCUUGAUGUAAGACGGUGCUUCAAAAGGUGUGCCACACAAGCGGGCCUUUGUUUCUGCCCAGCUCACCACAGCCAGUCAUCUGUUUUUUAUAAACAUCAACAUGUCAACCCUCUCUUUCGUACUUUGGAAGUCAUCUAUAGGGUGUUUAAUAACACUUGAAGGGCACACGGCGGAACAGCAAUAUGAGUCUCACAAGCAAGGCAUCUUCACCCUGACCUUUUUGGUCCACACGUGGACACCAGAGGGUUUAGUGGUGAUACUGUCUGCCACUCUGAUGACUGUGGUGUUUUUCAUGGGUAUGUAUUAGUAUCUAUGUGUGUGUGUGUGUGUAUGUCCAUGUUUGCCUGGCAAUGACAGUGGUCACCUGUCACUUUCUUUGACCAUCCACCCGCCCCUCUUUGCAAAAAUGUUUUGACAAGUAUUGGUGCAUUAAUAUUCACCACUUCUUGACCAGGUGUAACCUGGGAUGGAAAAGUCUACCUACUAAGUCAAGAGGCUGAGGAACAUUCCACUAGGUUAGCAAGUGAAGGCUGAGAGCUUUUUGUUUUUUUUUGGUGGUUCGUAAAUUUUCUUGCUAUCACCCAAAAAUACAAUAAUGUACCCGCUUUAGAUUUUACUGCGUACCAACCAACCGAGGACUCAAUUCUGUGUGAAUGGCUGAAAGACCCUCUCUUUUGUCUUGCCUUGAUACCUAUUUAUUGUUUUGUAAGAAAUGUACAUCUACUGUCAUGUAAAUAGUUCACAGAUGUCUAUCAGAAGUAUUUAUUAGAUCUGAUAAAAGCUAGAGAUUAAUAUAAAUAUAUAUUUAAUUAGUUCCACAUAGCCUUUGUUCUUAUUGUGACGGUUCACAGGUGUAGUUUGUUUGCACAGCUUAGUCAAUCCAUAGAAUAUUUAGAAACGUCUCUUGUGCCUCAAGGCUUUGUGUCCGUUGGAAGGUUUGGCACAGAUUUCUUAGAAGAUGAAAUUUUUCCCUGUGGUUGAUUGUGUUUUGCUGUUUAAGACAAAAAAAAAAAAAAAAAGUCAAUCGAAAAAAUAUAAAACAGAAAAGGUUUAUGGUGGUGCCAGUGGCAGCAGUAUAGUAGUGUGGCCGCCAUCAAGGCGCAACAAAAAAGUCCUAUCUCCUUGCUUGGUCAGAAAGACACUUGCACAGUGAGGAUUUGCAGUAUGUUUUGAAUGUAGAAGUCCUCCAUCCUGCAGCCAGUGUGUCUGAGAAGCAACCCCCCCAACCCCCGAAUGCCACGGCAGAUAUAUCUGAGCAUGAAAAUGGUAUACAAAAAUGAAUACAUAAGGUGGAAAAAAGAACAAAAACACAAAAAUAGAUAUUAGUUUUCUGAGUGUGGAAUGCUGCUUCUUUUGUGUGAGCUUAACCCCCUUCAACCAGACAGGAAUGGUGUAGAAAUCAUACGAAUGGGAUGUGUUGAAAAGUACAAAUUCACUGAUGCGUGCAUGUACGUGUCGCAACACUGGGCAAUUGAUUAUGUGCAUCUCGAUAAAAUCAAGAUAGGCAGCCCUCAAAAUUUGGCCACCACAAAGGGUUUUAGUUUUGGUGUGGUUCCAACAUUUGAGUCCAAUAGUUUGUAUGAAUUACUGUUGAAUUAAAAAAAA